AUGAAAUUUUUUCAGUUAAUAACUUUCUUGCUAACAUUUGCUUUAAUCGAGGCUUCGGGCAGUAAACCAAGAAAGUAUUCCAAAUUGGAUACUGCCAUGCAAGCAUGUACUGUUUACAUUGGUAAAUAUGGUACUGUGUGUGAAGCCGGUGCAAAAAAAAAGAUCAAUUGGAAGUGUUAUUGUAAUCAAGACCCUGGUUUCGGAACACUCUCAGAUUGUUUUGUACGUGGUUAUAAUAAUGAUACCUCAAUCAUUGAGAAGUUUGUCGACAAAUGUAAUAUGACUGAAGCAAAAUUUUAUGAAAAGUACGACAGAAUCCAGAAAGAGUUUAAAACCAAUGGUACUCAUUAUGCCAAUAAAACAUCAAAGACAAAGACGAGUUCUUCGGCCAGCAAAACCCUGUCUACUAAAGCAUCAGGCACUGCUAGUGUAUCCUCCAGUAAAAGCUCAAGUGGACUGAGCACCAAGAAGGUUUCUCCAACACCAUUAUUGAUCAACUACAAAACCUUUACGCCGUACAAAAAUGCCUAUGCAAUGUCCUAUAAUAAUUAUAAUAUUUCCAUCUACUAUGGUGCUGGUUUAUUGGGGUACUGGGCUGGUAUUUUUGUUAUUGCCAUAUUAGCAAACUUGCUUAGGAAAAUGUUUCCUCGUUUGACCAACUACUGUAAUGGUGCCAUUUCAAACACUUUUAGAAAAUACAUUUUGUUGCCAGCAACUUUUGGUAAAAAGAAAGCACAACCACAUUCAUUUGGUUUGGGCGGAUUUUUUGAUGGAUUAGUCCCCACCCGAAUGGAGUCGUUAAUUAUUGCUGUUUUUGUGUUAUUAACUGGAUUUUUGAGUGCAUUACAUAUCCAUCAUGUUAAUAAUAAUCCACAGUAUACUACUAAAAACGCUGAAUUGGGUCAUUUGAUUGCAGACAGAACCGGUAUUUUAUCAGCAUUCUUAAUUCCAUUAAUGAUCUUAUUUGGAGGCCGUAACAACUUCUUGCAAUGGUUGACGGGCUGGGAUUUUGCCACUUUUAUGAUGUACCACAGAUGGAUUUCUCGUAUUGACGUUUUGUUAAUCAUUGUUCAUGCGAUCACAUUCACCGUUUCUGAUAAGGCAACUGAUAAAUAUAAUGCUCGUAUGAAACGUGACUUUAUGAUUUGGGCAGUUGUUGCUACUAUUUGUGCAGGUUUCAUAUUGUUUCAGGCAAUGUUAUUCUUCAGAAGACGAUGCUACGAGGUUUUCUUCAGCAUUCAUAUCAUUUUAGUCGUUUUCUUUGUUGUUGGAGGGUUCCACCAUUUAGAUGACCAAGGCUAUGGUGACUUUAUGUGGGCUGCUAUUGCUGUGUGGGCUUUCGAUCGAGUUGUUCGUUUGGGCAGAAUAUUCUUUUUUGGUAUUAGAAAGGCUACUGUUUCCAUUAAAGGUGGAGAAACAUUAAAGAUAGAAGUCCCUAAACCAAAGUACUGGAAGUCCGUUGCCGGUGGACAUGCAUUCAUUCAAUUCUUAAGACCAACAGUAUUCUUGCAAAGUCACCCAUUCACUUUUACUACUACUGAAUCGGAAGAUAAAAUUGUGUUUUAUGCCAAAAUUAAAAAUGGUGUUACUAAGAGAAUUUCCAAGUAUUUGUCACGUUUGCCUGGUAACACCGCUACACUUAAGGUGUUGGUAGAAGGUCCAUACGGUGAGGCAAGUGGAGCUGGGCGUAACUGUAAAAAUGUCGUUUUCGUUGCUGGUGGUAACGGUAUCCCAGGAAUUUACUCCGAAUGUGUUGAUCUAGCCAAGAAAUCAAAGAAUCAAUCCAUCAAGUUGAUUUGGAUUAUAAGACAUUGGAAGUCAUUGAGUUGGUUUACUAAAGAAUUAGAGUAUUUGCAAAAAACAAAUGUUCAGACUACAGUCUAUGUCACUCAGCCACAGGAUUACAAUGGCGUAAAGUCUUCCGAACAAGAUUCGGGGUCUGAAAAGAAAUCGGACGAAAAAGAUUCAGUUGAAUCAUCUCAAAAUUCCUUUGUUUCAAGAAUUAAACAGGAAUUGCCACAUAUUGAAUUUAUUGAAGGGCGCCCAAAUAUUGUUGAACAAAUUGAACAUGAAAUCAAGGAAACAGAUGGGCCAAUUGGAUUCGUUACAUGUGGGCAUCCUGCCAUGGUUGACGAAUUGAGAUCUGCUGUAACCAAGAAUUUGAAUGCAUCGAAGCAUAGAGUUGAAUUUCAUGAACAAUUACAAACAUGGGCUUGA